GCUAUUCCCUUGAAGCUGCUUGCUUUCCUUUGAUAAACUGUUGUAAUAAAUUUGGAGCUUAGUCAGAAUUUAGAAUUGUGAAUAUUUGAAGAAAACUCUCAAGUCUUAUUAUUACAUUUUUCUCUAUGUCUUGGAUAAUACAAUCAACAUAGACCCCUUUAUUAAAUCAUUCACAUUUAACAUGUUACUCUUUUCUCUGAAAUUAUUUAUUUAUUCAUUCUUGUUUUUGCAUUGCUCUAUGCAUUUAUGUAUGUAUGUAUACAUAUGCAAAGGUUCUUGAUUAUUUAUUUUUUGUCAUCAUCCUUUUAGUAAAUUAGUUGGAGGGAGGAGGACUCACCAUAUGGAACUCUUUACCCAACAGAAGGUUCAAAGAUACGAAGAAUUCGUUGAUCGUUGCUUGAAACCUGAUCUUCAACGCGCUAUCGAUGAGCGGGACAAGGUCUUUGAACAACAGAAAAUUUUUGCUGAUUUGCGAAGAAACAUUGAAAACCUAGAGAAGAAUAGUGUUACCAGUCUAAGAACUCUGGUCAAUCUUGGAUCCGAGGUGUACUUGCAAGCAGAAGUGCCCAAAACGCAACAUAUUUUUGUGGAUGUAGGGUUGGAAUUCCAUGUUGAAUUUACUUGGUUUGAAGCUUUGAACUACAUACAGAAAAGGGAAGAAACAAUAGCUAAGCAAAUAGAUGAGUACAAUCAGUCAAUCGCAUCAAUUAAAGCUCAGAUCAAGCUGGUUCUCGAAGGGAUUCGAGAAUUACUACAACUUCCAGCUGAGAAAUCAUUACCAGAGCGGAAUUUUUUAUGCUUACUGAGUAUAAUUCCAGAUCAUUCAUCUUUAGUCUCUUUUGAACAAUUGUAAAUUCCGGAUCAUUCAUGUUUAGUCUCUUGCGAACAAUUGUAAAGGAACAAUGCAAGGCAAUGAUGUGAUCAUGUGAAACAGGACAAAGAUUGUUAUUUACCCCAAAUAUUGUCAUUCUAAUUGCAUAUAUUAUAAUGAUUAAAACAUUGAUUAAGAACCCAAAGGGGCAAGUCUGUUCAUCUGUGAUUCUCUUUAGUUGAAAUGCUGAUCUUAGUAUCUCCCAACAUUCUGCAGAAUGAUGCCGAAGUUCUUAUACUUGUAAAAUACAUUUAGAUAAAGGAACUUCGUUUAGUGGUGUGAAUGGCCUACCUAAAGAGAGACAAAAGUAUACCUUUCUAACCAUACGAAACAUUUUUUGACCCUCCAAAAUGUGGGAUCAAGAAAGGUCAAAUUCAGGAAGUCUUUCUUGCUAUUCUCUUUGACCUUAAAUCAGAAGCCAAAUGCCCAGCUGAAGGUGCAUGGCCACGUAAGGACGCCUUUAGAUCCAUGUAGGAUUGU